AUGAUGCAGUGCACAUUCUGCUGGGGCAGCAUCACAGGGAAGUUCUAUGUUGUUGGAUCUACAAACAGUUACAUGAAUGGAGGAGAAUCUAUAGCUCUGCAGUUAAUUUCCUGGCUCCUUCACCUUUUGUUUUUGUCUUCUUUCUUCUCCUCAGCUGAUGUCACUUUUGACCCUGAGACUGCUAAUCCAUGGCUCAUUGUGUCUGAAGACGGAAAAGAAGUGAGAAACACAGACAGACGACAGAGAGUGACGGACAGUCCAAAGAGGUUUGACCGCUACCCUGUUGUCUUGGCCAGAGAAGGAUUCACCUCAGGAACACACUACUGGGAGGUGGAAGUCGGGGAGAAGACAGCAUGGGAUUUAGGAGUUGCUAGAGAGUCUAUCAACAGAAAUGGUCUGUUUACAAUGAACCAAAAUGAUGGAUACUGGCGUGUGCUGCUGAGGAAUGGGAACAAAUAUACAGAUGCCAAUGGCUGUCCUCUCCCGCUCUCCUUGACUGUGAAGCCCUGGACAGUGGGGGUCUUUUUGGACUAUGAUGAAGGUCAGGUCUCCUUUUACAAUGCCCAGUCUCACUCUCACCUGUACACCUUCACAGACUUCUUCACUGAACCGCUCUAUCCAUACUUCAGUCCUCAACUUAAUGACAGUGGUAAAAACGCAGCCCCUCUGGUUAUCCGCCCGCUGCGCACACACUGACCACUCUGUAUUAAUGUCGCCUGUCUAUCUCUGUGUCUGGUCAGAGCAGCACAAAGCCGAUGGAGACUUUCUUUAACAUUGAGACCACCAAACUCAAAGCCCCCCUGAGUUGUCCUGCUGUUUGCUACUCAUCUGAUUUUCAUUUUUAGAAUUUGUUUGUUUAAUGGAGAUAUCAGGACUGCC